CCGGAGUGUGAAUGAGGGAGCUCCAUAUACCCUUUUGUAUGUGAGGUCGGUUUUCUUUUCUUUUUCUUCCACAAAAAAAUCAGCGAAUGUUAGAAGGUGGUGACAGUCAGAAUCCAAUGCCUAAUCUGCAUUGGUGGAACGUAGGCGUUGCUGCGUCUUUCAUUCUAAUCAACGGACUCAUGUCUGUGACCUUGGGUCUCAAACUCGAAAAAUCCCUCUUUGUCAGUUCUGUUCGAUGCCUUGUGCAACUAACAAUUAUGGGUCUCAUUCUUGAAGACGUUUUCAAAGCCAACAACCCAUAUCUUGUUAUGUUCAUGACAUUUGUCAUGGUGUUUUUGAGUACCAAUGAAGUCGUCUACCAUAAAUCGGAAAUGUCUUACGGCGGCAUGUAUCCGUCCGUUCUCCUAUCCACAGGCUUUUCGACAUUUUUCGUUGGUAUUCUUGGAACUAAAUAUGCACUGAGCGAGGAGCCGUUUUGGAUCCCGGAAUUUUUUAUUCCUACGGUCGGUCUAUUACUGGGUGUUUCUACCAGUGGCAUUGCAGUUGGACUGAGCACUUGUCUGAGUGAGGUCGGUACUCAUUCGGAUGAGAUAGAGCUUUAUUUAGCAUUUGGAGCCAGUCGCUGGGAAGCAGCGCAAUCGGUGGCUAUUGAGGCCAUUCGUCUUGCCAUGCUUCCGUCGAUCAACCAAAUGUCGGUGAUUGGCCUUAUCACCAUUCCCGGUGCUAUGACGGGUCAAAUAUUAGGAGGAGCACCGAUUUUGAACGCUGUUCGAUAUCAGCAAAUCAUCACAUUUUUGAUUUCAGCUACCACAGGAUUAGCGGUCCUAUUAUCCGUCAUUGCUUGUUUGAAUCGUUUAAUCGACGACCAUCAUCGGCUCCGACCUGAACGAGUCAGUAAAAGAGAACCGAGCUUAUUCAGAGAUCUUCGACGAACCGCCGAUUUUAUCUACUUGCGCAUGAAAGCCAUGUUUAGUAGAUCAUCCGGACAUGGUGUCGAUGACGAACGACGGCCAUUGUUAUCAUGAAUCUAACAUACAUAUUUUAUAUCCAUUAUUUCAUUUCUUUUAUUUUUGUAAUAUACUUGCAUUUCAUCCAUUAUAAACAUGCGUUUUUGGUUUGCCCUUUUUUUAUGUGAGUGACGCACUAUGUGAGCGUGUGUGC